UCUCCCAACAACUCGCCAUGUCAUCUGAGACAUUAAUAGGGCACUGUCUCUGACGUUGUAACGUGCUCUGUUUCUAUUCAGUUGAAAUCAUCGCCGCACAGAAACGUUGUCGUCGAAGAGAAAAGAUGUGUAACGUGAAGAGCGAGAAGAAGCCAUUGUUGCAGGAUCUGAUCGAGAGUGCAGGUGGUUGUGCUGUUACAGAUGGAGGAUUCGCCACACAGCUCGAAAAGCAUGGAGCUUUCAUCAAUGACCCUCUUUGGAGUGCUAUCUGUUUGAUCAAAAACCCACUUCUUAUCAAGCAGGUUCACUUGGAGUAUUUGGAGGCUGGUGCAGAUAUAUUGGUUACUUCAUCUUACCAGGCUACCCUUCCUGGAUUUUUGUCCAAGGGUCUGUCCAUUGAAGAAGGGGAAUUGCUAUUAGAGAGGAGUGUCAAAUUGGCAGUUGAAGCUCGUGACAGUUUCUGGAAUUUGGCUAAAACAAACCCUGGAAAUAAAUAUAGGAGAGCUUUGGUUGCGGCCUCCAUUGGAAGCUAUGGAGCUUACCUUGCCGAUGGCUCAGAAUACAGUGGCUGCUAUGGACCAGAUGUGAAUUUGGAGAAGUUGAAGGAUUUUCACCGCCGCAGAUUGCAAAUUCUUGUUGAAGCUGGUCCAGAUUUGCUCGCUUUUGAGACCAUACCAAACAAACUUGAAGCUCAGGCUUGUGUUGAAUUGCUUGAUGAGGAAAGUGUCCAAAUCCCAUCUUGGAUCUGUUUUACCUCAGUAGAUGGUGAGAAUGCUCCCUCAGGAGAGAGUUUCAAGGACUGCCUUGAAGUAAUAAAUAAGAGUAACAAAGUAGAUGCAGUUGGUAUAAACUGUGCACCCCCUCAUUUUAUGGAUAAUCUCAUCUGCAAAUUCAAGCUGUUGACAAAAAAGGCAAUCAUCGUCUAUCCUAAUAGUGGGGAGGUAUGGGAUGGUAGAGCCAAGAAAUGGCUGCCAUCUAAUUGUUUUCACGAUGAAGAUUUUGGACUCAAUGCAACCAGAUGGCGUGAUUUGGGAGCUAAAAUAAUAGGAGGCUGUUGCCGGACUACACCUUCCACCAUUCAACUUAUUUCAAAUGCUUUAAGAGAAAAAUCUUGUGCUAAUUGAUGUAAUUGUUUUUGCAAAUUGCGAGAUUUUUUCUAGCCAGUUUCCAUAAUUUGUAGUUUUAAAUUUUAGUUGUUUGGAGCUUGUUCCUUUAAGUGUGAAGGAAAUCGUUUCUUUAUACAUAAGGGAUUA